AUGCCGGUGAUGCGAGGGCUGCUCGCCCCGCAAAACACCUUCCUGGACACCAUCGCCACCCGCUUCGAUGGCACCCACAGCAACUUUGUCCUGGGGAACGCCCAGGUGCAGUCGCUCUACCCCAUCGUCUACUGCUCCGACGGCUUCUGCGAGCUCACCGGCUACGCCCGCGCCGAGCUCAUGCAGAAGAGCUGCGCUUGUCACUUCCUGUACGGCACGGAAACCAGCGACCGGUUCACAGCGCAGAUCCAAGGAGCCCUGGACGAGAGGCAGGAGUUCAAGACCGAGCUGGUGUUCUAUAAGAAGGAAGGAACACAGUUCUGGUGUCUUCUGGACAUUGUGCCCAUUAAGAAUGAAAAGGGUGAGGUGGUUCUGUUCCUUGUGUCCCACAAAGACAUCACCGACAAGAAGAAGGACCAGGAUCCCGAGCAUGGACUGGACACGGAUGAGGAGACGGGCCUGAAGGUGCAUCAGGUAACUCGCCCACCGGGCUUCAACACCAACCGGCGCCGCAGCAGAGCGGUCCUCUAUCACCUGUCGGGACACCUGCAGAAACAAGACAAGAGCAAACUGAAGCUCAACAACAACAUGUUCGGGGAUAAGCCUCCCAUCCCAGAGUACAAGGUAGCAGCCAUCCAGAAGUCCCGCUUCAUCCUGCUCCACUACGGGACCUUCAAGGCCGGCUGGGAUUGGUUGAUUCUGCUGGCGACCUUCUACGUGGCCGUCACCGUGCCGUACAAUGUGUGUUUUGCGGUGGUGGGAGGGCGGGACGACGCUAGCAGCACCGCCUCACGGAGCCCACCCAGCGUCAGCGACAUCCUCGUGGAGAUCCUGUUCAUUUUAGACAUUCUGCUGAACUUUCGAACUACUUUUGUGAGCACGUCGGGUCAGGUCGUGUACGACGCCCGCUCCAUCUGCGUUCACUACGUCACCACCUGGCUCUUUGUCGAUCUCAUUGCCGCCCUGCCCUUUGACCUGCUGUACGCUUUCAACAUCAGCGUGUACUUCGGGGUCCACCUGUUAAAGACAGUUCGGCUGCUGCGGCUGCUGCGGCUGCUGCAGAAGCUGGAGCGAUACUCCCAGUACAGCGCUGUGGUUCUCACUCUGCUGAUGUCCAUGUUCGCCCUGCUGGCCCACUGGAUGGCCUGUGUCUGGUACUUCAUAGGCCGCAAGGAGAUCGAAAGUCCUGGCUCCUGGGAUAUUGGUUGGCUCCACGAGCUGGCCAAGCGCCUGGGGACUCCCUACUUCCUGCCCGCCCUGACCACACCGGUCCCUGUCACAGUCAGCAGCUUCCCGGCCAACAGCAGCCAGUGGAACGUGUCGGGGUCAGAGGUCGGAGGGCAGGGCUCCUGGAACUCCAGCCAAUAUUAUGGAAACACGUCUGCGGGCGAAGUCGCGGCAGGGACGGGCGCCGGUGGCGGGAGUUUUGGGGUGCUGGGCGGCGGCCCGUCGAUGCGUAGCAGCUAUGUCACGUCACUCUACUUUGCUCUGAGCAGUCUCACCAGUGUGGGAUUUGGAAAUGUGUCGGCCAACACAGACUCAGAGAAGAUCUUCUCCAUCUGCACCAUGCUCAUCGGAGCGCUGAUGCAUGCAGUGGUGUUUGGUAACGUGACGGCCAUCAUCCAGAGGAUGUACUCGCGCCGCUCGCUCUACCACACUCGCACCAAGGACCUGAAGGACUUCAUCCGGGUCCAUCGGCUGCCCAAGGCCUUGGAGCAGCGCAUGCUGGAGUGUUUCCAGACCACCUGGUCGGUCAACAACGGCAUCGACGUCAAUGAGCUACUGAAGGACUUCCCAGACGAGCUGAGGGCCGACAUCGCCAUGCACCUGAACAAGGAGCUGCUCCAGCUGCCCCUGUUCGAGUCGGCCAGCCGGGGCUGCCUGCGCUCGCUCUCACUCAUCAUCAAGACCUCCUUCUGCGCUCCGGGCGAGUUCCUCAUCCGACAGGGGGACGCCCUGCAGGCCAUCUACUUCGUCUGCUCGGGGUCCAUGGAGGUCCUGAAAGACAACACCGUGCUGGCCAUACUGGGUAAAGGUGACCUGAUUGGCUCGGACUCCCUGACGAAGGAGCAGGUGAUCAAGACCAACGCCAACGUCAAGGCCCUGACCUACUGCGACCUGCAGUACAUCAGCCUCAAGGGCCUCCGCGAGGUCCUCCGGCUCUACCCCGAGUACGCCCAGAAAUUCAUCAGCGAGAUUCAGCACGACCUCACCUACAAUCUGCGAGAGGGCAACGGGGCGGAUGUGGACUGGGAGAGCAACGGCGGCCUGGUGAAGAAGCUGCCGUCCAUCCGCGAGGACGAGGAGGGCGACGAGGAGCAGAACUCGGUGUCGCGCGCCCCACGCUCCCCGCUGCGCCUCGGCAGGGGGCUCAACUCGCCCCUGCGCUCCCCUCUCCUGACGCCGAGGCCGUUCCGCGGACCCUGCGAGCACUCCCGCCCCGCCACCCUGCAGAUACCCGUGGUCAGCUUCUGCAGUGCACCGUCCGAGCUCAGUCCCAGAUUCGUAGACGGCAUUGAAACGGAGAGCAACUCCACCUCCUCCCAGAAGUUUGAGUUCAGUCCCAGCAUGUCACCCAUUGCACCGGCCUCUCCAUACCCAGGGAUUCGGGAGCACUCCGAGAUCAAGCAGAGUGUAUCCAAACUGACUGAGGAGAUGAACAGUCUCUCUAAACAAGUCUCCACGCUCAGUCAGGAGCUGCAGGAAAUGACUCGCCUGCUCAAGCCCCUCCUCCAAACAACCCCGCAGCCAAUCCUGAUGACCAUCAUGCCAAAUUUAACCCCGCCCCCUAGCAGUGCUAGCCAGCUGUCAACGAGUGCCUGUCUCGUGUUGCCGCCCGCCGCCACACCGUGUUCCCUCCAUAGACCUGACACCCAUUCCCUGUUGGACCGCGGAGACACGGAGGGUGUGGAUCUGCCAGGCUGCCUUCUCCCGACUCCUCAUUCACCAAAAAGGCCUCAUUCACCUUCUUCGGCGUCGCCACAGCUCCCGUCCAAGCCCCCGGGGGCCACUGUCGAGGGCCCCACUCACCCUGACCUUCCCUCCCCUGAGGAAGGUCUUCCUGAAGGUGUCCUCCGAAGCCUCCACGUCUCCUCCAGUAACGGGAUAUAUCUGCAGGACCAGCCUCCCCUGGCGUCUCCCACCCCUUCACCCUCUCUCUCCUUCUCCAUAUCCCUCUGCUCCUCGCCGUCCCUCUCCCCCUGCAAAGGCCCCCACCCGUCCCGACCUGGCAGCCAUGCCAGCAGGGGCCUUCUCCCUCCCCCUCCCUCCCAGGACACCCCUCCUCCUCCGUCGUCCUCCCACUGCUCAGCUCCCCCAUCGCUCGCUUCCUCCCCCGGAGACCGCCAGCUGAGACCUUCCCCUUCCAUCCCUCUCGCAUCCCCCCCAACCGUCCCCCUCCAUCCCUCCACCGUCUCCCUGCCCUUGUCUCUGGACUUUGUUAGUGCGAGGAGAAGGCAGCGGGAUACCCAGACUGCACCUUGGUGUAACUCGCAGCUGCGCCGCGGCGAGGACCGACCCGCCCUUUGUCCCCAGGAGCUGGAGAUGCACGAGUGGGGCCGACAGGUGGAGGAGGAGGGGAAGUCCUCCACGGAGCACAUCAGCUUCAUCGACGAAGAGGAGCCAGCGUUAUGAACGGGUUAAAACUGUGAGACGGCAAAAAAACGAGUAGCAGAAAAA